AUGCUCCUGCUAUUAGCAGCGGCGCUUUUCCCCGCCGCAUAUGCGCAGUUCGUCGCGCCGCCUACGGACCUCACUUCUACCAAGGGAUACUUGGAUAUUCCUGUGCGGUAUAAGAAGGUGCCGAAUGGGGUAUGCGAGACGGAUCCGAAUGUGAAGAGCUUUUCGGGAUAUGUGGAUGUAGAGGAGAAUGAGCAUAUUUUCUUUUGGUUCUUUGAGGCGAGGAAUGAGGAGCCGGAGAAGGCGCCGUUGACGGUUUGGAUUAAUGGAGGCCCCGGAUCAUCCUCCAUGAUCGGUCUCUUCCAAGAGAACGGCCCUUGCGGCAUCGACUCCAAUGGAAAGGUCUACAACAACCCCUACUCCUGGUCCAACGCCAGCAACAUGCUAUAUAUCGACCAACCCACCCAGACCGGAUUCUCCUACAGCAUCCCCGUGCCCGGCUACGUCGACUCCGACACGGGAGACAUUAUCACACUGCCCAACAACACCUGUCCGGACUACGCGAAGGAUUCCUCCUGCGGCACGUACUCGUACCCUAAUGUCACCCUGACGGCUAAUUCGACCGAUGCCGCUGCUCCUAACUUCUACCGCGCGCUGCAGGGUUUCAUGGGUGCGUUUCCGCAGUAUUCUCGCGAGAAAUUCCAUUUCACCACGGAGAGUUAUGGAGGACAUUACGGACCUGUGUUCAAUGAGUACAUUGAGAAACAGAAUAAGAAUCUUGCCCCGGGUGCGAAGGAAAUUAAAUUGGAAAGCGUCAUGAUCGGUAAUGGCUGGUAUGAUCCGAUCAUUCAGUACCAAGCGUACUAUAACUUCACGGUCUACCCCGGAAACACAUACGACUACCUCCCCUACAACGCCUCCAUCACCUCCCUCCUCUACAACAACCUCUACGGCCCCGGCAACUGUCUUGACCAACUCCUCGACUGCGCCGCCCACCCCGCCAUCAACGAAAUCUGCAACACCGCAGACACCUUCUGUGCUAACCACGUCGAAUCCAUCUACGACAACUACCUCGGUCGAGACGAGUACGACUUCCGCGAACUCGUCCCGGACCCCUUCCCCUACUCCUUCUACAUCGACUACCUCAACACCCCAUCCAUCCAAACCGCUAUUGGCGCCUACGUCAAUUUCACAGAGAGCAACAACGCCGUCUACCUCGCCUUCUCUUCCACCGGCGACGAUGGCAGACGCUCCAACACCACACAAGACGUCGCUUCGCUCCUCGCCCAAAACAUCUCCGUAGUCAUGUACGCCGGCGACGCAGAUUACAACUGCAACUGGCUCGGCGGCGAAGCCGUCGCUAUCUCCGUCGACGCGCCAGGGUUCCAAGAGGCAGGGUACACGAACAUAAGCACGUCUGACGGGAUAGUGCACGGCCAAGUUCGACAGGCGGGUAAGUUUGCGUUCGUACGCGUGUAUGAGAGCGGACAUGAAGUGCCGUUUUAUCAGCCGGAAUUGGCCCUGGAGAUGUUCAGGAGGGUGAUUUCCGGAAGGGAUGUCGCGACGGGGAAACAUUCUGUUGUGCUUUCGGAGGGGUAUAGGACUGUUGGAGAGGAGAAGAGUACGUAUCGGGAAGGGAAUGGGACUGUUCAGUGGAAAGUGCUGAGUCCUGAUACGACGUAUAAUACUACGCUGAAUGGACCGAAUGCGACCCCUGUGGCUUCUUCUGGUUCUAAGAAGAAGAUGCAGAAGAGAAGAUUCAAGCCUGUGGCUGGUGGCGUCUGA